GCAGCGGGGCCAGGCGCGCGGGGCCGGGGCCGGAGCCCCCACUCCCGGGAGUUUGCCCCGCAGAGUCCCGCGCCGGCCGCGCGGGUCUUGCAGCGCGAGCCCCCCCCUCUCCCCGCGCCCCAGCCUCUCCCCAGCAUGUAAAGUCGCCUGUCCCUCUGCGGACUUUGCGGAGGCGGCAACUUUCUUUCCUCGCCGCCGGGCAGCGGGCAGCGCGCAGCACGGCCGACCCCCGCCGUGUCCCGCCGCCCACCAUGAGCGACGAGAACGCCAAGGACCUGGAGAAGCAGCUCCGCCUGCGCGUGUGCGUGCUCAGCGAGCUGCAGAAGACCGAGCGCGACUAUGUGGGCACGCUGGAGUUCCUGGUGUCGGCGUUCUUACACCGAAUGAACCAGUGUGCAGCAUCAAAAGUUGACAAAAAUGUAACAGAGGAAACAGUGAAGAUGCUGUUCUCAAACAUUGAAGAUAUCCUUGCAGUACAUAAAGAAUUCUUAAAAGUUGUGGAAGAGUGCUUACAUCCCGAACCUCAUGCCCAGCAAGAAGUGGGAACCUGCUUUCUUCACUUUAAAGACAAGUUUCGUAUCUAUGAUGAAUAUUGUAGUAACCAUGAGAAGGCACAAAAAUUGCUUCUUGAACUUAAUAAAAUAAGAACAGUCCGGACUUUUCUUUUGAACUGCAUGCUACUUGGAGGACGGAAGAACACAGACGUUCCCUUGGAAGGAUAUUUAGUGACACCAAUACAAAGAAUAUGCAAGUACCCUCUCAUUUUGAAGGAGUUGCUGAAGCGGACUCCACGGAAACACAGUGACUACGCAGCAGUGAUGGAAGCCCUCCAAGCCAUGAAAGCUGUCUGUUCCAACAUAAAUGAGGCCAAGAGACAGAUGGAGAAAUUAGAAGUUUUAGAGGAAUGGCAGUCUCACAUUGAAGGCUGGGAGGGGUCAAACAUCACCGACACCUGCACUGAAAUGCUAAUGUGUGGAGUCUUACUGAAAAUUUCGUCUGGAAAUAUUCAAGAACGGGUGUUUUUCCUUUUCGAUAAUCUUUUGGUGUACUGCAAAAGAAAGCACAGACGGUUGAAGAACAGCAAGGCAUCUACAGAUGGACAUCGGUACCUUUUUCGUGGCCGGAUCAAUACAGAGGUGAUGGAAGUGGAGAAUGUGGAUGAUGGCACAGCUGAUUUCCAUAGCAGUGGGCACAUUGUUGUUAAUGGAUGGAAGAUACAUAACACAGCAAAAAAUAAAUGGUUUGUUUGUAUGGCAAAAACACCUGAAGAGAAGCAUGAAUGGUUUGAAGCUAUUUUGAAAGAAAGAGAACGGCGGAAAGGCUUAAAAUUAGGAAUGGAGCAAGACACCUGGGUGAUGAUCUCCGAACAGGGUGAAAAACUUUAUAAAAUGAUGUGCAAACAAGGAAAUCUGAUCAAAGACAGAAAAAGAAAACUGACUACGUUCCCUAAAUGCUUUCUUGGAAGUGAAUUUGUGUCAUGGCUGUUGGAAAUUGGAGAGAUUCACAGGCCUGAGGAAGGUGUUCACUUGGGACAAGCAUUAUUAGAAAAUGGGAUCAUUCACCAUGUUACUGACAAACAUCAGUUCAAACCAGAGCAAAUGUUAUAUAGAUUUCGGUAUGAUGAUGGAACAUUUUAUCCAAGAAAUGAGAUGCAAGAUGUGAUUUCAAAGGGUGUAAGGUUAUAUUGUCGUCUUCAUAGUCUGUUUACUCCAGUGAUCAGAGAUAAAGAUUACCAUUUAAGGACCUACAAAUCUGUGGUCAUGGCCAACAAACUGAUAGACUGGCUAAUUGCACAGGGGGAUUGCCGCACCAGGGAGGAGGCAAUGAUAUUUGGCGUUGGACUCUGUGACAAUGGAUUUAUGCACCAUGUCCUUGAAAAAAGUGAAUUCAAAGAUGAACCUCUACUUUUCCGUUUUUUUUCGGAUGAGGAAAUGGAAGGAUCAAAUAUGAAACAUCGACUUAUGAAACAUGAUUUAAAAGUUGUGGAAAAUCUUAUAGCCAAAUCAUUAUUGAUUAAAUCUAAUGAAGGCAGCUAUGGCUUUGGGCUAGAAGACAAAAAUAAAGUUCCAAUAAUAAAGUUGGUAGAAAAGGGGUCUAAUGCUGAGAUGGCUGGCAUGGAAGUUGGGAAAAAGAUUUUUGCUAUUAAUGGUGACCUAGUUUUUAUGAGACCUUUUAAUGAAGUGGACUGCUUCCUGAAAUCAUGCUUAAACAGCAGAAAGCCUCUAAGAGUCCUUGUGAGCACAAAGCCAAGGGAGACAGUGAAAAUCCCAGAUUCAGCUGAUGGCCUUGGAUUCCAGAUCCGAGGAUUUGGCCCUUCAGUAGUGCAUGCUGUAGGAAGAGGAACUGUGGCCGCAGCAGCUGGCCUUCACCCUGGACAGUGUAUUAUCAAAGUAAAUGGAAUCAAUGUCAGCAAAGAGACACAUGCCAGUGUCAUUGCGCACGUCACAGCCUGCAGGAAGUACAGGCGGCCGAUGAAGCAAGAUUCCAUACAAUGGGUUUAUAAUAGCAUUGAGAGUGCUCAAGAGGACCUUCAAAAAUCUAACACCGAGGCCCCUGGAGAUGAGGCAGGGGAUGCUUUUGACUGCAAGGUAGAAGAGGUAAUCGACAAGUUCAACACCAUGGCGAUCAUCGACGGGAAGAAGGAGCACGUGAGUCUGACGGUGGACAACGUCCAUCUGGAGUAUGGUGUGGUGUACGAGUACGACAGCACCGCUGGCAUAAAGUGCAAUGUGGUGGAGAAGAUGAUUGAGCCCAAAGGUUUCUUCAGCCUAACUGCCAAGAUUCUUGAAGCUUUGGCUAAAAGUGAUGAUCAUUUUGUACAAAACUGCACCAGCCUUAAUUCUCUAAAUGAAAUGAUUCCUGCUGACCUUCAGAGUAAAUUCAGUGCCAUUUGCAGUGAAAGAAUUGAACACAUACGUCAGAGAAUAUCCAGUUAUAAAAAGUUUUCUCGUGUCCUGAAGAACAGAGCCUGGCCCACUUUUAAACAGGCCAAAUCUAAAAUCUCCCCACUCCACAGCAGUGACUUCUGCCCCACCAACUGCCAUGUCAACGUGAUGGAAGUUUCUUAUCCCAAAACAUCAACCUCCCUGGGGAGUGCAUUUGGUGUUCAGUUGGAUAGUAGGAAGCACAAUUCUCAUGAUAAAGAAAAUAAAUCUUCUGAGCAAGGGAAGCUGAGCCCCAUGGUGUACAUUCAGCAUACCAUCACAACCAUGGCAGCGCCUUCCGGUCUGUCUCUGGGACAGCAAGAUGGUCACGGGCUCAGGUAUCUGUUAAAAGAAGAAGACUUAGAAACCCAAGAUAUCUAUCAGAAACUGCUAGGCAAACUUCAGACUGCAAUGAAAGAGGUGGAGAUGUGUGUUUGUCAAAUCGAUGACCUUCUGUCUUCGAUAACGUAUUCUCCUAAAUUAGAACGUAAGACGUCAGAGUGUAUAAUACCAACAGACAGCGACAAUGAGAAGGGGGAGAGAAAUAGCAAACGAGUCUGCUUUAACGUAGCAGGAGAUGAACAGGAAGAUUCAGGUCACGAUACCAUCAGCAACAGAGACUCUUACAGCGACUGCAACAGCAACAGGAAUUCCAUCGCCUCCUUCACCAGCAUCUGCAGCAGCCAGUGCAGCUCCUACUUCCACAGUGAUGACAUGGACUCAGGCGAUGAACUUCCUCUAAGUGUUCGCAUUUCUCAUGACAAACAGGACAAGAUACAUAGCUGCCUUGAGCAUCUUUUCAGCCAGGUGGAUUCAAUUACCAAUCUCCUAAAAGGGCAAGCUGUUGUGAGGGCCUUUGACCAAACCAAGUAUCUCACACCAGGUCGAGGAUUACAAGAGUUUCAACAGGAAAUGGAACCAAAGCUGAGCUGUCCAAAAAGGUUAAGGCUUCACAUCAAGCAAGAUCCUUGGAAUCUUCCCAGCAGCGUCCGGACUCUUGCUCAGAACAUCAGAAAGUUUGUCGAAGAGGUAAAGUGUAGGAUACUCCUGGCUCUUCUUGAAUAUUCAGACAGUGAGACGCAGCUCCGGAGGGACAUGGUUUUCUGCCAGAGCCUCGUGGCCACCGUCUGUGCCUUCUCUGAGCAGCUCAUGGCGGCCUUAAACCAGAUGUUUGACAACAGCAAGGAAAAUGAGAUGGAAACUUGGGAAGCCAGCAGGAGGUGGCUGGAACAGAUAACAAAUGCAGGCGUUCUUUUUCACUUUCAGUCACUUCUGUCACCAAACUUGACAGAUGAACAAGCCAUGUUAGAAGAUACACUGGUUGCACUAUUUGAUUUGGAAAAGGUUUCCUUUUACUUUAAACCAUCAGAAGAGGAACCACUGGUUGCAAAUGUUCCUCUUACGUAUCAAGUGGAAGGAAGUCGGCAAGCUCUGAAAGUUUACUUCUACAUUGACAGUUACCAUUUUGAACAACUGCCUCAACGGUUGAAAAAUGGAGGAGGGUUUAAAAUUCAUCCUGUUCUUUUUGCACAAGCACUGGAGAGCAUGGAAGGAUAUUAUUAUAGAGACAAUGUUUCUGUGGAAGAAUUUCAAGCCCAGAUAAAUGCAGCCUCAUUGGAAAAGGUCAAACAAUACAACCAGAAGCUCAGGGCAUUCUACUUGGACAAGUCCAACUCACCACCAAACUCCACAUCCAAAGCUGCCUAUGUAGACAAGCUAAUGAGGCCUCUCAAUGCCUUGGAUGAACUUUACCGGCUGGUAGCCUCGUUUAUCAGAUCCAAACGCACGGCUGCCUGCGCAAACACAGCCUGCAGCGCCUCUGGAGUUGGGCUGCUGUCAGUUUCCUCGGAGCUGUGCAAUAGGCUGGGAGCCUGUCACAUCAUCAUGUGCAGCAGCGGCGUCCACCGGUGCACCCUGAGUGUGACGCUGGAGCAAGCCAUCAUUCUGGCCAGAAGCCAUGGACUGCCUCCCCGCUACAUCAUGCAGGCCACUGAUGUGAUGCGGAAGCAGGGAGCAAGAGUUCAGAACACAGCAAAGAACUUGGGCGUCAGAGACCGGACCCCACAGUCUGCUCCGAGGCUGUACAGGCUGUGCGAGCCGCCUCCCCCAGCGGGAGAAGAAUGAAAAGGAUUCCCAAGGACCAGGCAGGCGCUUCUCGGUGCUGGACGAGACCAACUACAUGCCGGUUAAACAUUCCCUGCUGAAGAUAAAGAAAUUUAUUUUUUUCUCUAAAUCUUUCACCCUGGUGUAAAUAGCUAGUGUUCAGCUUGUAUUUGGAUAUUUAUGGUGGAAAUGGAUAGGAGGUCGUUCAGACAAUUCAGCUUCACAAACUGGUCUCUGUAUGUAUCGGUAGUAAAUAUUCAUCUUUAGGGUAAAAUCCAUUCCUGGAACUUACAGAAAAAAAAUCAAAGAUUAAAAAAUUAACCAUUGUGCCUCCUUUCCCGUUCAUGAAAAUUAUUUCAUUGUGUGUGUUUUCAUCUUCCCCAAAUGGGCACAUGUAAUAAUGGAUAGUUCCACUUGGAGCAGUCUGCCAUGGAAGAAAACGUGGCCACACGUUGCAAAGCAUCCUGAAAAGAUGUUAAGGACAAUAGAGACUGGGUGGCAUAGGUUUUCAAUCCCCCACUUGCUUCAGAGAAAGCCAUUUAUGUGUGACGGGUAGAAAAGUGUGCUUUACUUUCUCUUAAGGGCUUAUUUCUCGGUAGAGAAGAGAGCUGAUUGAGGUCUCCAGCAAAAUUGCCUUCCAGCUGCUUUCGGGUGUCCUUUAUGCUCGUAGACAGUGACAGUGAGCCGGUGCUGCCCUUGGUCUCUGCAAUGGGUGUGGCUUCCUUGGGCCAUGCCUGCUGGGUGCUGUGCCAUUGGUGGCCCUAGGGACCAAGGAGGGGCAGAGAGGGGAACCAGGGUAAAGAGGAGAAAAAUAAGCCUAUUUAAAAACUCAGCCUUUAACGUAGAUAACUAAAACUCUUAAUUUUAUGAAGGCUGUGAUAUGAGAUGUCAGAUUCUUAAAAGAAUACAUCAUCAUGAGAAUUUUCUAUCAAGGUAUAUGUAUAGCAUAUGAAAGUAAAGCUGUGUUUGUACUUUAAAAGAACUACUAGGGACCUUAAUAAUUUUAUGGAAGCACAGGUGUAUUCUAUCCUCAUUCUAAAGUAUACAUAAUGUUUAUCAUUUCUAUGUUGAUACAAUAAUAUUGCUUUUAGUAUAGUGAAUACAGUAAUAUUGAUGUUAAGUGCAUAAUUUUCAAAACAAUUAAAACAUUUUUAUUAUGAUUGUGAUAAUUAUAUGGAUUUAGACUAGUAUGUAAAAUGUUUUUCGUGACUAAAGUAUAUCUAAACCAUUAUUAAAUCUUAAUUUAUGAAAUUUGAUAAUGGCUUUCAAACUAUCAUUAAGAGCCAUCAUCAUUAGCAGCUGUGUAUUGAAUAACAAAAAUACUUUGUCACAUGGGUAUGUGACAUUUAUAUACUACUAGUUAAGGUAAUAAUAAUUGUUAUUUGGCACAGAAGCACUGGAUGCUUUUGUAAUAAGUCCGUAUGUAUAAUGAAAAAUAAAGAAACCAACAUUAGAGCUUUCAAAGAAAGAGUUGGACAUUCAAAUUUAAUAAAGAUAUGACCUUUGCAUAAAUAUCUGUAUUAAGUAUAUCCUUAACUUUCAGGGUCUCAGCAAAUGAUACUGAAGGCCCGUGUGAUUUGUGAUUUUCCUGUACUGAAAAUUUGAUCACUUUCGGUGUAGGGCUGAUGAGUGAGCACCAUUGAUUAACGAGUACUUUUCCUAUUGUCAUUACUAUUUUCCAGUCACCAUCCUGGAAGCAGUAAUCCUCAUUAGAGGCAUGAAGUGUUCACUGAAACAAUUCAGUUGCACUUUGCUGUAUUUCACAGGGCAAACUAUCAGCUAUUGUGGUAUUUAUAAAUUAACAUAUUCUUAAGGAUCUACUCUCCAUAUAACAGAAUGUGCUUAAUAUUAUUUUUAGGGUUAAACAUAAGUAUAUCAUCUGUCAGAGUGCUUGGUACUUACUAAAUGCUCAAAAGUUAGUAAUGGUUUAUAUUAACACCAGUCAACAUAAUUUCUGAUUGUAAUAAAAAUUGCAGCUAACACUUAGUGAUUACUAUGUGCCCAGUAAUACCUCCAGUUGCUUUGUCCAUAUUUUGUUGUUAUUAUUUCACUUAAUCCUCAUAACAAUGACGUGACCUGGUACUCUUUUUAUCACCCCCAUUUUAGAGUUGAGGAACCAAAGCAAAGAAUGGCCCAGUGAUUUGCACAAAGUCACAUGAUUGACAAGAACCAAAAUUUGAAGCCAGGAAGUCUGCCUUCUUAAUAUAUUAUGCUGCUUUCCUUUGUUAAUAUAGAACUAUUGUAAUAUUACCAAUUAGCUGUAAGUUGGAGUUAGGUGGCAUGUGUUGCCAUUAAAUUAUACAUCUUACACUGAAAACAAAAGUGAAUGGAAAUAUGUAAAAUGCUUUUAAUAUGUGAAAAUCAUAUGAUUUCCUAGACAUUUUACCAUUCUGGAUGCAUAUUUUGAGGUAACCCAACACUGUUGCAUUUCUCAUAAUUGAAGGUAAUAGUUUUAGAUAGUCCAUGAUAUAAAACUUGAUUAUAAUUCCAAAACAAUAAUAACAGUAGAAAAUACCUAGUGGAUGGAUGAAUAACAACAAUUUUUUCAAUACCAUAAUGUACCUCCAUGUGACACUGGACAUUCAAUUGGCUUUGAGUUUUUAGAAUCUGUUUAUCUGUUUAUCUAAAUGGCACAUGCUUCCCUGUAACCAGUGUACCUUCAAGUGUUGUUAAAGCCUACUGCCUGUUCUUCCAAGUUCUGACUUUGGACAACUUCCCCUCUUCACCUAAAAGGGAAGGUCAUGCAUAAACAUUUUGGAUCUUAACGUGGGGCCUGACUCAAAAAUAAUUUUUGACUAGAAAUUCAUAGUCAAUACAUCUUAAGCAUUCCAUCUAGCCUUAUAUAUUUUCUAAUAUUAAUUUCUAAUAUUACAGAAUUUAAAAUAUUAUGAAAAGUAUGGGGAAUUUGCGAAGGCUGGGAUUUUACAUCUAUUUCCAUUAAUACUUAAAGAAAGAAGUAAAAAGAGAGAGAAAGCAUUCCUGGGCUGGGCACAGUGGCUCAUGCCUGUAAUCCCAG